GAGAGUUAUCGUUCUUGAAAAGGAAAAAUCGAUAAAUUGGCCAAAACAUCUGCAAUUUACGUCACUGCGCAUUAUGCCAACAAACAGCUAAAAUGGGUAAUUCUGAUACAAAAUUGAAUUUCAGGAAGGCCGUGAUUCAGCUUACGACGAAAACACAGCCAAUAGAAGCUAGUGAUGAAGCAUUUUGGGAGCAGUUUUGGUCAGAGAGUGUGACUUGUGUGCAAGAUGUAUUUACAUUAAUUCCAGCAGCUGAAAUACGAGCUUUAAGAGAAGAAUCUCCAUCAAAUUUAGCUACACUAUGUUACAAAGCUGUAGAGAAAUUAGUAGCUGCUUCAGAGAGUGGUUGUCCAUCUCAGAGAGAACAGCAAAUAGUGCUGAACUGUGUUAGAUUAUUAACAAGGGUGUUGCCAUAUAUAUUUGAAGACCCAGAUUGGAGGGGUUUCUUCUGGUCAACAUUACCAGGUCAAGUUGAAGAUGCUGAGAAUGACAGUCCUCCCCUGGCACAGACAUUACUGAAUGCACUUUGUGAUUUGUUGUUUUGUCCUGAGUUCAGUGUUGCAUCUGGUAGAAAGUCUGGACCUGAUAAUCCUGAAGAUAUGACUACUAUAGACAGUUGUGAAUAUAUCUGGGAAGCUGGUGUUGGCUUUGCACAUUCUCCUCAACAUAAUCUUCAACAUGACAACAAUAGGAGUGAAAUCAUUAAACUGUUGCUAACUUGCUUCUCAGAAACAAUGUAUCUACCACCCAUAGCUGAUGCGCACAGCACACCCAACCAGUGGAUACAUUUCUUCACCUCAACAGAGAACAGGCAUGCUUUACCAUUGUUUACUUCAUUGAUCAAUGUGGUGUGUGCCUAUGAUCCCGUAGGGUAUGGUCUACCAUACAAUCAUCUCAUGUUCACUGAUUCUCGCGAGGCAUUGGUCGAAUCUGCCCUGCAGGUACUCUGUGUUACCAUGGAGAAUGAUUCAGCCAAUCAGAAUGUGUCUGUAGAUGGUACUGCUGGGGGAACAGCCAUGGAACCACAGAAUGAGGUCGCAACUGCCCAGGAAAAUGCAACAUCUACAGACAAUCUGUUUGUGAAUUACCUGUCAAGAAUACACAGGGAGGAGGAUUUCCACUUCAUCUUGAAAGGUAUAACAAGGCUUUUAAACAACCCACUGAUGCAGACCUACCUACCUGGAUCUACCAAAAAAAUACAGUUUCAUCAAGAGUUACUGGUACUGUUCUGGAAAAUGUGCGAUAUAAAUAAGAAAUUCAUGUUUUAUGUGUUAAAAAGUAGUGAUGUUUUGGAUAUACUGGUGCCAAUAUUGUAUUACCUGAAUGAUGCCAGAGCUGAUCAAUCUCGUGUUGGCUUAAUGCAUAUUGGAGUUUUUAUACUGUUAUUACUUAGUGGAGAGAGAAAUUUUGGAGUAAGGUUGAACAAACCAUAUACAGUGAGAGUUCCCAUGGAUAUACCAGUAUUUACAGGCACUCAUGCUGACUUUCUCAUCAUUGUAUUUCAUAAGAUAAUCACCACUGGUCAUCAAAGACUUCAGCCAUUAUUUGAUUGUCUUCUCACUAUUAUUGUAAAUGUAUCACCAUAUCUGAAGACUUUGUCAAUGGUCGCAAGCACAAAACUACUGCAUCUACUUGAGGCAUUUAGCACACCUUGGUUUCUUUAUGCUAGUCCUACAAAUCACCAUCUAGUGUUCUUCCUAUUGGAAGUCUUCAAUAACAUCAUACAGUAUCAGUUUGAUGGUAACAGUAAUUUAGUCUACACAAUAAUACGCAAGCGUCAAGUAUUUCAUCAGCUGGCCAAUCUACCAACAGAUCACUCUUCUAUUGCCAAGGCCCUUACAAAACGUGGUAAGAAGCUGCACACUCCAUCCCCCACGGACCACAAAGAGCCUCAGACAAUGGAGGGUGCCCUCCCAGCUGUUGAGGCGGAACCUGGAACUCUCAAAGUUUCACUUGCUGCUACACCACUGCAUGUCCAGUGUGACUUGGCAGGUGACCCGGAACUUUCCUUCAUAGAUGGUGGGCCAUUUUUCAGAGUUGAUAUUUCGCAAGUCUCACAUGCUACUGUUCACAAACCGAAAUCAAAAAAACGUAACAUAAUGCUCUUAUUUAAAGUGUUUUCCUUACACCAAACUAAUCAGAACUUUUGUCUGCCCCUCAACACAGGGAUCAUGGGUUCAAGCCCUACUCGGGCCACAACCAUGAUUUCUCAUAUGAUACCAAUACUGGAGACUCCACCUGCUACCCCAACUACACCAAAUAGUGAAACUGCAAGAGCACCCUUCAAGCGAGCUGGAUCCACAUCUAGUGCUGGCGGUGGCUGGGUUGCCACACCUGAUUGGGUACACUCUUGGAAGCAUAAGUUACCUUUACAGACAAUUAUGAGAAUGUUACAGGUGCUUGUUCCACAAGUUGAGAAAAUAUGUAUUGACAAGGGACUGACAGAUGAGAGUGAGAUAUUGAAAUUCCUGCAGCAUGGUACUCUAGUUGGCCUACUACCAGUACCACACCCUAUAUUGAUCAGGAAAUACCAGGCAAAUAGUGGAACUACUAUGUGGUUCAGGACAUACUUAUGGGGAGUUAUAUACCUUAGAAAUGUUGAUCCUCCCAUUUGGUAUGACACAAAUGUGAAAUUGUUUGAGAUUCAAAGGGUAUAGUAGAUGCAAGAAUAUCACAAGGGAUGGGAUCUCCAGUAACACAAUCUCAUGGAAUCCAAUUACUAGUUAUAAUACACACAAAAAAGUGUUCUGUUAGUUCUAUGUAACUAUUACAUAGCAACCUGUGUAAGGGAAAAUUUAC